AUGAUUUAAUUUGAUGAAAAUGAGUCCAAGAUCAAAAAUUUUGAUUAAUGCAUGUAAGUCAUGUUAAGCCUCCAUAAAUAAUUUUCGCAUACUCUUAAGCUUUAUGAAACAUUAAAUUUUAAUCAAACAAGAAUAAUUACAAUAGCUGACAUAUGGUAAUAAAUUCUUAUUAUGUAUUGUAAAUAAAAAGUUAUAACACAUGAUUUGAAUGUAAAAUGUAACAAAAAAAAACUGCAAAACACAAAGAAAAAUAAAAUAAAAUUUGAAAACUUGGAAAAAACUAAUAGAAAACAAUUAAUGGAUUUUUAAAAAAUUCCGAUUGAAAUUAAUUAUUCAUAUACCAAGAAAAAAAUUUACAAUCUUGAAUGUUAUUAAGAUGGUAUAAUUUUUUAUAAUUGCAGCAAACAUUGAUAAACUGAAUACAUUUGAAGAAGCAAUAGAAUAAUAUGAUUCAGUUAUUCAGAAAAACCCAGAAUAAGCAGAUAAUUAUUAUGGCAAAGGUAAAAAUAAAGUUAUAUAAUUAUAGCUGAUAAUCUAGUAAAUAUGAAUAGAUAUAAAGAAGCAUUAGAGUAUUAUGAUGAAGCUAUUCUAAAAAACCCAGAAAAUGCAGAUUUUUAUAAUGGCAAAGGUAUAAAUCAAUUUUGUAUAUAUUUUAAGCCAUUGUGUUAUUCAAGUUAAAUAGAUUUGAAGAAGCAUUGAAGUACUAAGAUUUAGCUAUUCAGAAAAACCCAGAAAAUGCAGAUUUUUAUAAUGGCAAAGGUAUAAAUCAAUGUUGUAUAUAUUUUAAGCCAUUGUGUUAUUCAAGUUAAAUAGAUUUGAAGAAGCAUUGAAGUACUAAGAUUUAGCUAUUCAGAAAAACCCAGAAAAUGCAGAUUUUUAUAAUGGCAAAGGUAUAAAUCAAUAUUGUAUAUAUUUUAAGCCAUUGUGUUAUUCAAGUUAAAUAGAUUUGAAGAAGCAUUGAAGUACUAAGAUUUAGCUAUUCAGAAAAACCCAGAAAAUGCAGAUUUUUAUAAUGGCAAAGGUAUAAAUCAAUAUUGUAUAUAUUUUAAGCCAUUGUGUUAUUCAAGUUAAAUAGAUUUGAAGAAGCAUUGAAGUACUAAGAUUUAGCUAUUCAGAAAAACCCAGAAAAUGCAGAUUUUUAUAAUGGCAAAGGUAUAAAUCAAUAUUGUAUAUAUUUUAAGCCAUUGUGUUAUUCAAGUUAAAUAGAUUUGAAGAAGCAUUGAAGUACUAAGAUUUAGCUAUUCAGAAAAACCCAGAAAAUGCAGAUUUUUAUAAUGGCAAAGGUAUAAAUCAAUAUUGUAUAUAUUUUAAGCCAUUGUGUUAUUCAAGUUAAAUAGAUUUGAAGAAGCAUUGAAGUACUAAGAUUUAGCUAUUCAGAAAAACCCAGAAAAUGCAGAUUUUUAUAAUGGCAAAGGUAUAAAUCAAUGUUGUAUAUAUUUUAAGCCAUUGUGUUAUUCAAGUUAAAUAGAUUUGAAGAAGCAUUGAAGUACUAAGAUUUAGCUAUUCAGAAAAACCCAGAAAAUGCAGAUUUUUAUAAUGGCAAAGGUAUAAAUCAAUGUUGUAUAUAUUUUAAGCCAUUGUGUUAUUCAAGUUAAAUAGAUUUGAAGAAGCAUUGAAGUACUAAGAUUUAGCUAUUCAGAAAAACCCAGAAAAUGCAGAUUUUUAUAAUGGCAAAGGUAUAAAUCAAUGUUGUAUAUAUUUUAAGCCAUUGUGUUAUUCAAGUUAAAUAGAUUUGAAGAAGCAUUGAAGUACUAAGAUUUAGCUAUUCAGAAAAACCCAGAAAAUGCAGAUUUUUAUAAUGGCAAAGGUAUUAAUCAAUAUUGUAUAUUUUCUUAGCUAUUGCCUUAGAAAAGAUGAAUAGAUUUUAAGAAGCAUUAGAGUAUUAUGAUGAAGCUAUUCUAAAAAACCCAGAAGAGGCAGAUUUUUAUGAUGGCAAAGGUAUAAAUAAAUUAUGUAUUCUUUUUUAGCUAUUGCCUUAGAAAAGAUGUAUAGAUUUGAAGAAGCAUUGUUGUAUUAUGAUACAGCUAUUCAAAAAAACCCAGAAAAUGCAAAUUAUUUUUAUGGAAAAGGUAUAAAUUAAUGAUUUUUUUUUCUUAGCUAUUGCCUUAGAAAAGAUGUAUAGAUUUGAAGAAGCAUUGUUGUAUUAUGAUACAGCUAUUCAAAAAAACCCAGAAAAUGCAAAUUAUUAUGAAUGCAAAGGUAAAAAUUAAUGAUAUAUAUUUUUUUAGCUCUUGCCUUAGAAAAGAUGUAUAGAUUAGAAGAAGCAUUGUAGUAUUAUGAUUUAGCUAUUCAAAAAAACCCAGAAAAAGCAGAUUAUUUUUAUGGAAAAGGUAUAAAUAAAUGAUAUAUUUUUUCUUAGCUUACUUUUUAUAAAAGAUGAAUAGAUUUUUGGAAGCAUUAGAAUAUUAUGAUUUUGCAAUUCAGAAAAACCCUUAAGAUGCAGAUUAUUAUAUUGGAAAAUGUAUAAAUUAAUUAUGUAUACUUUUUUAGCUCGUGCCUUAGAAUAGAUGAAUAGAUUUGAAGAAGCAUUAAAGUACUUAGAUGUAGCUAUUCAGAAAAACCCAGAAAAUGCAGAAUAUUGUAAAUGUAAAGGUAUAAAUUAAUUAGGAAUAUUUUUUUAGCUUUUGUCUUAUCAAUGAUGAAUAGAUGUGAAGAAGCAUUGGAGUAUUAUGAUUAAGCUAUUCAGAAAAACCCAGAAAAUGCAGAUUAUUUUUAAGGAAAAGGUAUAAAAUAAUGAUGUAUAUUUUCUUAGCGAUUACCUUAUUCAAGUUAAAUAGAUUUGAAGAAGCAUUGGAGUAUUAUGAUUAAGCUAUUCAGAAAAACUCAGAAAAUGCAGAUUAUUAUAAAUGUAAAGGUAUAAAUUAUUUAUGUAUUUUUUCUUAGCGAUUACCUUAGAAUAGAUGAAUAGAUUUGAAGAAGCAUUAAAGUAUUAAGAUGUAGCUAUUCAGAAAAAUCCAGAAAAAGCAGAUUAUUUCUAUGGAAAAGGUAUAAAUAAAUGAUAUAUUUUUUCUUAGCUCACUUUUUAUUCAAGUUAAAUAGAUUUGAAGAAGCAUUGAAGUACUAAGAUUUAGCUAUCCAGAAAAACCCAGAAUAAGCAGAUUAUUUUUAAGGAAAAGGUAUAAAAUAAUGAUGUAUAUUUUCUUAGCGAUUGCCUUAUUCAAGUUAAAUAGAUUUGAAGAAGCAUUGGAGUAUUAUGAUUAAGCUAUUCAGAAAAACCCAGAAAAAGCAGAUUAUUUUUAAGGAAAAGGUAUAAAUUAUUUAUGUAUAUUUUCUUAGCGAUUACCUUAUUCAAGUUAAAUAGAUUUGAAGAAGCAUUGGAGUAUUAUGAUUAAGCUAUUCAGAAAAACCCAGAAAAAGCAGAUUAUUUUUAAGGAAAAGGUAUAAAUUAUUUAUGUAUAUUUUCUUAGCGAUUACCUUAUUCAAGUUAAAUAGAUUUGAAGAAGCAUUGGAGUAUUAUGAUUAAGCUAUUCAGAAAAACCCAGAAAAAGCAGAUUAUUUUUAAGGAAAAGGUAUAAAUUAUUUAUGUAUAUUUUCUUAGCGAUUACCUUAUUCAAGUUAAAUAGAUUUGAAGAAGCAUUGGAGUAUUAUGAUUAAGCUAUUCAGAAAAACCCAGAAAAAGCAGAUUAUUUUUAAGGAAAAGGUAUAAAAUAAUGAUGUAUAUUUUCUUAGCGAUUACCUUAUUCAAGUUAAAUAGAUUUGAAGAAGCAUUGGAGUAUUAUGAUUAAGCUAUUCAGAAAAACCCAGAAAAAGCAGAUUAUUUUUAAGGAAAAGGUAUAAAAUAAUGAUGUAUAUUUUCUUAGCGAUUACCUUAUUCAAGUUAAAUAGAUUUGAAGAAGCAUUGGAGUAUUAUGAUUAAGCUAUUCAGAAAAACCCAGAAAAAGCAGAUUAUUUUUAAGGAAAAGGUAUAAAAUAAUGAUGUAUAUUUUCUUAGCGAUUACCUUAUUCAAGUUAAAUAGAUUUGAAGAAGCAUUGGAGUAUUAUGAUUAAGCUAUUCAGAAAAACCCAGAAAAUGCAGAUUAUUAUAAAUGUAAAGGUAUAAAUUAUUUAUGUAUUUUUUCUUAGCGAUUACCUUAGAAUAGAUGAAUAGAUUUGAAGAAGCAUUAAAGUAUUAAGAUGUAGCUAUUCAGAAAAAUCCAGAAAAAGCAGAUUAUUUCUAUGGAAAAGGUAUAAAUAAAUGAUAUAUUUUUUCUUAGCUCACUUUUUAUUCAAGUUAAAUAGAUUUGAAGAAGCAUUGAAGUACUAAGAUUUAGCUAUUCAGAAAAACCCAGAAUAAGCAGAUUAUUUUUAAGGAAAAGGUAUAAAAUAAUGAUGUAUAUUUUCUUAGCGAUUACCUUAUUCAAGUUAAAUAGAUUUGAAGAAGCAUUGGAGUAUUAUGAUUAAGCUAUUCAGAAAAACCCAGAAAAUGCAGAUUAUUAUAAAUGUAAAGGUAUAAAUUAUUUAUGUAUAUUUUCUUAGCGAUUACCUUAUUCAAGUUAAAUAGAUUUGAAGAAGCAUUGGAGAAUUAUGAUUAAGCUAUUCAGAAAAACCCAGAAAAAGCAGAUUAUUUUUAAGGAAAAGGUAUAAAAUAAUGAUGCAUAUUUUUUUAGCGAUUGCCUUAAAGAACAUUCAUAGAUUUGAAGAAGCAUUGGAAUAUUAUGAUUUAGCUAUUUAGUAAAACCCAGAAAAAGCAGAUUAUUAUUAUGGCAAAGGUACAAUUAAAGUAUUAUCAUUUUAGCUGAUAAUCUAGGAUAUAUGAAUAUAUUUGAAGAAGCAUUGAAGUAUUAUGAUUAAGCUAUUCAGAAAAACCCAGAAAAAGCAGAUUAUUUUUAAGGAAAAGGUAUAAAAUAAUGAUGUAUAUUUUCUUAGCGAUUACCUUAUUCAAGUUAAAUAGAUUUGAAGAAGCAUUGGAGUAUUAUGAUUAAGCUAUUCAGAAAAACCCAGAAAAUGCAGAUUAUUAUAAAUGUAAAGGUAUAAAUUAUUUAUGUAUAUUUUCUUAGCGAUUACCUUAUUCAACUUAAAUACAUUUGAAGAAGCAUUGGAGAAUUAUGAUUAAGCUAUUCAGAAAAACCCAGAAAAUGCAGAUUAUUAUAAAUGUAAAGGUAUAAAUUAUUUAUGUAUAUUUUCUUAGCGAUUACCUUAUUCAAGUUAAAUAGAUUUGAAGAAGCAUUAGAGUAUUAUGAUUAAGCUAUUCAGAAAAACCCAGAAGAUGCAGAUUUUUAUAAUGGCAAAGGUUUAAAUCAAUGUUGUAUAUUUUCUUAGCUAUUGCCUUAGAAAAGAUGAAUAGAUUCUAAGAAGCAUUGGAGUAUUAUGAUUAAGCUAUUCAGAAAAACCCAGAAAAUGCAGAUUAUUAUAAAUGUAAAGGUAUUUACUAAACUAAAAUUUUUAAGCCAAUACUUUAUAUCAAUUAAAACAUUUAGAUUCAGCACAAAAAUAUUGUUAUUAUGCAAUUUAGAAGGGCCUCAAUAAUACCGAUUCUAAAUUAUUCUAAAGAAAUAUUCUUAGAUUUUAAAUAGAUUUAUUAUAAAUUUCAUAUCCAAUAUACAAUAAUUAUUGAUCCUUCAAAAAUUUAAUAAUAAUAAUAUUUAUAAAAAUAUAAUAUAUCUAAAAUUAAGUUAACUUUAAUUUUUUCCCCAGGUAGGUAGGAGAAAGAUACAUUUUAUUAAUCUGCUUCCUAAGCUUGAUCUUGCCUGGAGAAAGGUUCAAAGGGUUAGAUUUUGUAGUGCUUUGUUACCUGGGAAUCAGGUUGGAAUUAAUUAAAACAUAUAAACGAUGAAACAUCACCUAGACCCAAUAGAUUUACGUCCCCUAAAGAUAAUUAUCUAGUCCCCUUUGUCAAACGAAGGUGUAGGUAGGAAAAUCCUAUUGCUUACUCGCUCUCGGAGAUAGCACCCGAGAGUCUAACAAAGUGGUGAGGAUGUAACCAAGGAAUGGGUUACAACCAUUAUAAUUUAAGUUUCUGAUAAAGAUUAAUCAUUUUAUAUCUAAUAUAAAUUUUCCUACAUUUAACACUGA